AUGUCUCAAUUCCGUGCAAAGAAGCUGGACCUCUCCGGGUUUAUCAAUGCCCGUGUUAUCCGCGAUCACACCAAGCGAAUGGUUUUCGCCCAGAAUGAGCCAGAGAGACAAGCACUUCGAUACAUAUCACACAACACCAGCCUUCCCAUGCGAGUUCGCGCUCAGGCGCAACUGAAGCUUUCCCAGAUGCACGCCUAUACCAGACCAUCGCAAAUAAAGAACAGGUGUAUUGGCGGUGGAAUAGCGAGGGGUGUGUUCAGAGACUUUAAGCUGGCAAGAUAUCAAUUCAGAAUGCAAGCUCUAGCUGGAGAUCUCCCUGGUGUCAGGAAGGCCAGUUGGUAA